AUUUAUUGCCAUGCUAUCCUGUCAGUAUCAAGUAUCCAGCAAGCUGCACUCCACUCUUCAGCACCGUUUGGAGGAAGCGACGCACGCAGACAGAGAGACCGCACGUCGGCGAUGUCUCCCCGCCGCUCCUCCGCCGGCGGCGAGCUGCCCGUCGUCGCCGACAGAGACCAAGCCCGGCUGCAGCAGCUGGGAUACAAGCAGGAGCUCAAGCGCGGCCUCUCGUACGUUCCGCAUGCUCCAUUUCAUUCCAAGCAACUCCUGCAUUAUUUUCUUGCCAGCAGAGCUCUCACUCUCAGUGUUCUAUACCUCUGCCUGCGUAGCGUCCUCUCUAACUUCGCCUUCUCCUUCUCCAUGAUCUCCGUGCUGGCCGGCGUGACGACGACCUACAACACCGGCCUGCGCUACGGCGGGCCGGCGUCCAUGACGCUGGGCUGGCUCGUCGUGGCGCUCUUCAACGGCUGCGUCGCGCUGUCCAUGGCGGAGAUCUGCUCGGCGUACCCGACCACCGGCGGCCUCUACUACUGGAGCGCCAAGCUCGCCGGCAAGGACUGGGCUCCGCUUGCCUCCUGGGUCACCGGAUGGUUUAACAUCGUGGGCCAGUGGGCUUGCACCACGAGCGUGGACUUCUCAUUGGCACAGUUUAUCCAAGUCAUCGUCUUGCUUAGCACCGGGGGAGCCAAUGGCGGUGGUUAUCUGGCCUCCAAAUACGUCGUGCUGGCAAUCUACUGUGUCAUCCUCAUCCUGCACGGGCUUAUCAAUAGCCUCUCCAUCAAUUGGCUGGCCUUUUUCGGUCAGCUUGGAGCUUUCUGGAAUCUUGCAGGUGUAUUUGUCUUGACGGUAUUGAUUCCGGUUGUUGCUAAGGACAGGGCAAGCAUGGAGUUUAUGUUCACCAACUGCUACACUGACGAUACCGUGGGGAUCCACAGCAAGGUCUAUAUACUAGCCAUUGGUUUGCUGACAAGCCAAUAUUCCCUCCUCGGAUAUGAUACUUCUGCCCACAUGUCAGAGGAGACGAAGAACGCGGAGUGGAGUGGCCCGAUGGGGAUCGUGGUUUCAGUCGCGCUGUCGAGCGUCUUCGGCUGGAUUUACCUGGUGGCCUUGACAUCCAUGGUGACCGACAUCCCGUCGCUCCUGGACCCUACCAACGACGCCGGCGGGAACGCCAUCGCGCAAGCCCUGUACACCACCUUCCGCCAGAGGUUCGGCAGCGGCGGCGGCGGUGUCAUCUGCUUGGCGGCCAUGGCCGUCUCCAUAUUCCUCUGCGGCACGGCGUCCGUGACCAGCAACUCGAGGAUGGGGUACGCCUUCUCCAGGGACGGCGCCAUGCCGCUGUCGCGGCUCUGGUACCGUGUCAACAAGCACGAGGUGCCGUUCAAUGUCGUCUGGCUCUCCGUCUCGGUGGCAUUCGUCAUGGCACUCACGUCGCUGGGGAGCCAGGUGGCGUUCCAGGCAAUGGUGUCCAUCACGACGCUGGGCAUGUACAUCGCCUACGCCCUGCCCAUCUUCUUCCGCGUGACGACGGCGCGGAACUCGUUCGUCCCGGGGCCGUUUCAUCUCGGACGCCGCUGCAGCCUUGUCGUCGGCUGGGUCGCCGUCCUCUGGGGGGCCCUCGUCACCGUGCUGUUCUGCUUGCCGGUGGCGUACCCCGUCGCCGGGAUCAACUUCAACUACACGCCGGUGGCCGUCGGCGGCGUGCUGCUGCUCAGUCUAGGGGCGUGGGUGCUCCACGCGCGGUUUUGGUUUCGAGGACCCAUCACCACCGUUGACACGUGAGGUGAUCGGGCCUGAUAUGCUCUGUUUCAGUUCAACUAUCGCUCUGUUUUUUCUUUUUCUAAUAUAAAGACCCUACAAUGGGUGGCUCAUGUAUAUAUAUAUAUGCGUGUAUAGAUUUGUCGAGGAAAGUAAUUAUUAAUGGUAUAAAAAGAUGGAGUCGCCACCAGUCA